CUUAUCCUCCUCUCCUCUUCCAAUUCUCGAAAUCUUCACGUUCUUCUUGAUAUAGUCCUCAAUUUCUGGUUGCAGGCGACCUACGAAGCGAUGGUGAUGUUUAAGGUUUCCCGUGUUGAAACCACUCCUUUCGAUGGUCAGAAGCCAGGGACAUCUGGUCUAAGGAAGAAGGUAAAAGUGUUUGUGCAACCUCAUUACUUGCAUAAUUUUGUUCAAUCAACAUUCAAUGCACUAACUGCUCAGAAGGUUAAGGGUGCCACACUUGUUGUUUCUGGUGAUGGGCGUUAUUUCUCAAAAGAUGCCAUUCAGAUUAUUAUUAAAAUGUCAGCGGCAAAUGGAGUAAGACGGGUUUGGGUAGGACAAAAUGGAUUACUUUCAACACCUGCUGUAUCAGCUGUAAUCCGUGAAAGAGUUGGGGCUGAUGGAUCCAAAGCAACAGGAGCAUUUAUAUUGACUGCAAGUCAUAAUCCUGGUGGCCCUCAUGAGGAUUUUGGGAUCAAAUACAACAUGGAAAAUGGUGGACCUGCUCCCGAGGCAAUUACGGAUAAGAUAUAUGAGAAUACAAAAUCAAUGAAGGAGUACUUCAUUGCGGAAGAUUUACCAGAUGUGGAUAUUUCAAAUAUAGGUGUAACAAGUUUUCAUGGGCCUGAGGGACAAUUUGACGUUGACGUUUUUGAUUCAGCUAGUGAUUAUGUCAAAUUGAUGAAGUCAAUUUUUGAUUUUGAGUCUAUCCACAAGCUGCUUGCGUCUCCAAAAUUCAAAUUCUGUUAUGAUGCACUUCAUGGAGUAGCUGGAGCUUAUGCCAGCCGUAUUUUUGUAGAAGAGCUUGGUGCAAAUGAAAGUUCAUUACUGAACUGCACACCAAAGGAAGACUUCGGUGGAGGGCAUCCAGAUCCUAACCUGACCUAUGCAAAGGAGUUAGUUGCUCGCAUGGGUUUAGGCAAAACAAACCCAGAACAGGAACCGCCUGAAUUUGGUGCAGCUGCUGAUGGUGAUGCAGAUCGUAACAUGGUCCUUGGUAAAAGGUUUUUUGUGACUCCUUCGGAUUCUGUUGCCAUUAUUGCUGCAAAUGCUGUACAGUCCAUUCCAUAUUUUUCUGGUGGUCUGAAGGGAGUUGCCAGGAGCAUGCCUACAUCAGCUGCACUUGAUGUUGUAGCUAAACAUUUAAAUCUGAAGUUUUUUGAGGUGCCAACAGGCUGGAAAUUUUUUGGGAACUUAAUGGAUGCUGGAAUGUGUUCAGUUUGUGGUGAAGAAAGUUUUGGAACUGGUUCUGAUCAUAUAAGGGAGAAAGAUGGCAUUUGGGCAGUUUUGGCUUGGCUAUCUAUUCUUGCCUAUAAAAAUAAUGACAAUCUCAAUGAAGGAAAACUGAUCACUGUUGAAGACAUAGUUACUCACCAUUGGGCUACUUAUGGUCGCCAUUAUUAUACACGCUAUGACUAUGAAAAUGUUGAUGCUGGUGCAGCAAAGGAGCUAAUGGCAUAUUUGGUCAAGCUGCAAGCUUCUCUACCUGAUGUGAACAAGAUUAUAAAGGGAAUAAGGACAGAUGUGUCUGAUGUUGCGCAAACUGAUGAAUUUGAGUAUAAAGAUCCUGUUGAUGGGUCUAUCUCAAAGCACCAGGGUAUCAGAUAUCUGUUUGCAGAUGGAUCACGAUUGGUUUUCCGCCUCUCCGGAACUGGAUCGGAAGGUGCAACCAUCCGUCUUUACAUCGAGCAAUAUGAGAAGGAUGCUUCGAAGACUGGGAGGGAUUCCCAAGAAGCAUUAGCCCCUCUUGUGGAGGUUGCUCUUAAGCUUUCUAAGAUGCAGGAGUUCACUGGACGAUCCGCUCCAACUGUUAUUACAUAGAUCAACUGCAGAAUACAGCAGGUUUUGUUAUUUAAAGUAUGUAGGAGGGUAUGUGUUGCUAUCAUGUCUUCAGCUGUGGAGGUUUUUAUCCAUAACACUGUCAGCGACUUGAUCAGAUAUCGGGCAUAAGUUUUCCAAUUAUGCCACCGUAUCCGAUCAUUGAUGUGAUAAGAGUGAUAUGAACUUGAAUAUGCUGUCAAUUUAUUUAGAUCAUUUUGGCAAUAAUAUGAGUAAUUCGGAAAAGAGAACUUUUGAGUUCUUAA